AAGAGUAGAUAUAAAGAGCAGAAACUGCCUCCUGUGGUGACCCUCAGGCUGAACAGCACUGGACUAGAUAACAUGUGGGGCAUCUUUUGAUGUCGUAAGUCUCAAUAGGGGACAACCCUUAUUCCUUCCUGCUUUCUUGUAUGAGGCAGAGCUUAAGUCGCCAUCCUCACCCAUCAAAGAAAGACCCUGAUCUUCACAGGGAUACCCUCUUCCAUAGCCUUGUGUCCAGUGAUAUAAAGUACAUGGAGCCAAGAAACAAUACGCACAUUUUAGAAUUUUUUCUAUUGGGAUUUUCACAGGACCCAAGCCUGCAACCUGUUAUAUGUGGCCUUUUCCUCUCUAUGUACUUGAUCACUGUAGCUGGAAACGUGCUCAUUAUUCUCACCAUCAUCUCAGAUGCCAAUUUGCACACACCCAUGUACUUUUUUCUCUCUAACCUGUCAUUUGUGGAUAUCUGCUUUACUUCAACCACUGUCCCAAAGAUGCUUGUGAAUAUUCAAACAGAGAGAAAAUCCAUUAGCUAUGCAGAUUGCAUCACCCAGAUGUACUUUUUUCUGAUUUUUGUGGAAUUGGACAACUUCCUCCUGGCUGUAAUGGCCUAUGACCGUUAUGUGGCCAUCUGUCAUCCACUGCAUUACACUGGCAUCAUGAACCGCAGACUCUGUGGGUUUUUGGUUCUUGUAUGCUGGAUUGUGAGUGUUUUACAUGCCUUGUUACAAAGCAUGAUGGUGUUGCGGCUGUCCUUCUGCACAGACUUGGAAAUCCCACACUUCUUCUGUGAGUUGAAUCAGGUGGCACAGUUAACCUGUUCUGACACUUUUCUCAAUGAUGUGGUCAUGUAUUUUGCACUUGUGCUAUUGGCCAUUGUUCCUCUGUUUGGCAUCCUUUACUCUUACUCUAAGAUAGUGUCCUCCAUACGUGCAAUCUCCACAGUUCAGGGGAAGUACAAAGCAUUUUCCACCUGCGCAUCUCAUCUUUCCAUUGUCUCCUUAUUUUACUGCACUGGUCUAGGAGUAUACCUCAGUUCUGCAGUAAGCCACAGCUCACAAGCAAGUGCAGCAGCUUCAGUGAUGUACACAGUGGUGACUCCCAUGCUAAACCCCUUCAUCUACAGCCUGAGGAAUAAAGAUGUAAAAGGAGCCCUGAAGAGGCUCUUAGGAGUAAAACUAUGA